AUGGUCAAAAGAGAUCUUUCUGAAGAUAUCAUUGAUAAUUCAAUAAGUAAUAAACAACAGAAACAGGCUACAGACUCCAAAGGAUUUAAUAUACUGGAAAGAUGGAUGGACCCAACAUAUACACCUAGGCGAGCUAGUGUUCCUUUACACGGCAGUCAUGCUGUAACAUGUUUGCAGCAUGAUGAUGAAAAGAUUAUAACGGGUGUUGAUGAUAAGCUAAUUUACAUUCAUAACACGGUGAAUGGGAAACUUUUAAAGGUGUUAAAGGGCCACCAAGGGGGUGUUUGGGCUUUGAAGUAUACGGGAAAUACUUUGGUGAGCGGAUCCACAGACAGAACUGUACGGGUGUGGAACAUCAAGACAGGAAAAUGUACUCAUGUAUUUAGAGGACAUACUUCUACUGUGAGAUGUUUGGAUAUUUUACAUCCAGUGAAAAUAGGAAAGAAUGAUAAUGGAGAAGAUAUAAUAUUCCCAGAGGUUCCAUUACUAGUCAGCGCAUCGAGGGAUCAUAGUAUGCGUGUUUGGCAAUUACCACUUGAUAAUGAAGAAGCGGAUGAGGAUAUAUAUCGGGAAGUUUAUGAUUACGAUGAAAAUGAAAACCCAUAUUUGGUUGACAUCUUAUUGGGGCAUAUACUAACUGUGAGAUCGGUUUCUGGAUACGGUAAUAUUAUAGUAUCAGGCUCUUAUGAUACAACUGUUAGAGUCUGGGACCUUCUCGAUAACGGUAAUUGUAAGCAUGUUUUAGCUGGCCAUAGAGAUAGAAUUUAUUCAACGGCAUUAAAUUUCCAUACUAGGAGAUGUUAUUCUGGUUCGAUGGAUUCGUCUAUAAAUGUAUGGGAUAUUGAAAGUGGNAAANUAUUACACACACUAGAGGGGCAUAGUUCUCUUGUUGGGUUGCUAGAAUUAUCAGAUGAAUACUUGGUAUCAGCUGCAGCUGAUUCAACGUUAAGAGUGUGGAAUCCAAAAUCGGGGGACAAUAUAUGUAAGUUAGAAGGACAUAGAGGAGCCAUUACCUGCUUUCAACACGAUAGCCUUAAAAUUGUUAGUGGCAGUGAAAGAACGUUGAAAUUGUGGGAUAUCAAAACUGGAAAAUGUGUGAGAGACCUACUAGAUGAUAUCACUGGUUGUGUAUGGAAUCUUCGCUUCGACAAUAAUAUAUGUAUUGCUGCCGUUCAACGUCGUAGAAAUGACAUAAAUGAAAAUUUCAUUGAAAUAUUAGAUUUUGGCAGUCCAUAA